UGCUUUGCACAGACCGUCAUACACAACAACAAACAGUAUGCUAGUCUGUUUAUAAGUUUUAUGCGUCUCCAAGGCGACAAAAAAGUAAAAACAAAUCAAGUUAUGGUAAUGGCCGAUAUGGACGAAGUGGGUCCAGACGCACCAAUAGAUAUACAAAUUGAAGUACAGCCAUGUGGAAUAUGUGGACGAAAAUUUGCACCAAAAUCAUUACAAAAACACGAACCAAUAUGUCAGAAACAACAAGCAAAAAAACGAAAACCAUUCAAUUCAUUAGCCCAGCGGGUAGCUGGUACCGAUUUAGCAGAUUUUCACAUGCCAACCUAUCUAAAAAAAUCAGGUCGUGAAAAAGGUGAAAAAUCAGUUGUCAGUAAUAAAGUGGAAAAACCAAUUAGUAAACCUUCUCUGAUUGAAGAUACCCCUGUAAAAGGAAAUGAAAAUGUUCAUUCUAAAAGUACCACGAAAAUUAUUAAAGAAGAAAAUUCGGUUGUUGUAAAAGAGAAACACAAUACAGUAACGCCAAAGCGAAGUACAACCUCAUUACGUGACAAAAUGAUCGCUUUAGCAUCACAAGGUGAAAAAUGUCCUUCAUGUGGUCGAUCAUUUGGUGAAAAAGCAUUCGAACGACAUGUUGAAUGGUGCAAAGAGAAAAAUCAAAAUCGUUCACAACCAUCUCCGGCGUCAUUACAAAUGGCUAAAGAACGAUUAGCUGCACGACAAAACUAUAAAGCACCUGCAUUAUUAGCGAAAUCACAACGACAGAUUAAUAAAGAGAAAUAUUCACAAAAAUCAUACUCGAAACAAAAUAGUUCCGAAGAUGAAAAUUCAUCCUCAGUACAAAGUCCAUCUAGUUUGACACGAUCGCCAAGUAUACGUAAAACAUCGGAUACACCAACACCGAACGGUUUAAAACGUGGAAAUAGUAUUCGACGCCCCUCACCACAAUCAGCUAGCCGAAAACCAGGAUCACCCGGUCUUUAUGAGGGAGGUGCUGAUAGUAUGGAAAAUAAUAAGCAUAGUAGGCAGAAAAAACUUAGUCGUGGAAAAUCUCCACCAAUACAUUCGUCACCUGAUUUGUUAGAAGGAAAAACAUCACCAGUAUAUAGAAAACGUAGUCAAGACCAGCAAGAACCAGUAACACCUGUGACGAGUAAACCGAACGACAACGAAACAUAUGAUCCAAUUUUAUCUGCUGAACGACAAUUGCAAGAACUCUUAACUUUAGAUCCUAAAUCACCUCCAAUAACAUUACCAACAACUCCAGAAAUUAAUUUAGCCCCCUUAACUAGUAUCCGUCCAAAAACAGCACCCUCAAAAUACAUAUUAGAUAAUCAUCAAAUCGAUAAAAAACUAUCAAAACAAACAUCCGAUACAAAUCUAACAACAAUAUUACCAAACAUUAAUAAUACCACGAAACGUAAAGUAUCGGCAACGAAUAAAACUACUCCUUCCUUAUCACGUAAAUCUUCUAAUAAUAAUGAACCUCCUUCUCCAUCGCCAACCAAUAAUGAAAUUAAAAUACCGAUCGAUGAAAUACCAAUUAUUACAAAGUAUACAAAAAGUCAUUUAGUACCGGGUAUCGAUGACGAACUAAUCACACCAAAACAUUUCCCAUUAACACCGAUAAGUAAUCGUGAAAAAAUUAAAAAUGAUAAAAAUAUUAAAAAUCGUGCGUCGGUUAUUGAACCACCGAACGGUUUUCAAGAUUUACAAAAUUGUAAAAGUAUUGAAAAUUUUGAGAUAAUUGAAAAUAUAAUUAAUCAAAAUAUGAAUGAAAAUUCAACGAAAAAUUCAAUUAAUUUAAAUAAAAUAUUAUUUACGGAUAGUGUGAUUAGCGAAGAUACAUUUGAUAUAAAUCCGGAUUUAAUCAAUUCAAUCGAUAAUUUAUCGAUACCGGAUGAAUUAAAAACAAAUGAUGAUCAUUUUAGUACCGAAUACGAUAAACAAAUGUCAACAUUGGAAACUUCGGUGUUGCCAGAUGUGAAUAAAAAUGAGGAGGAUGAUACAUUGUUUGAUUUUGAUAGUUUUAUUGCAUCGUUUAACGAUGAUAACGAUGAUGAAAUACUUCCAUCUUUAAAAAUAUAUUUACGACAAAACACUGUACCCACAUCAUCGUCUUCCAAUUUUAUUUCCAGUUCCACAUCCUUAAAAAGUCCUACCACAUCCUAUUUAAAACGUUCCGUAUCUGUUGUUGAUCCUGUGGCCAAACCGAAACAUAUGAAGAAUAAGAGUGAUGUUGAAAAGUAUCUGAAUGGUAAAGGUGAUAAAAAGAAGGCUCAACCGCCGGAAGAUGGUGAUUUUACAGCUGAAGAAUUGUUUGAUGUUGAUGAUGAAUUGUAUGCGGAGUAUAAACAAUAUGAAGAAAUGUAUUUGAAGGAAAAACAACGUAAAAGUAGUGGACGUGAGCCUUUAAGUGGCGGAAUGGGUCCCUAUGGUGAGAAAAAUGGCCGUGAAAAGUCUCAGUCUCCGGAUAAUAAAUGUGACAUCAAACCUAGUGGUGAUUCAGCAUACAGCAGUUUAAAUCGAUCAUCAAACACAAAAGACUAUCAUACAAAACGUGGAACUGGCGAUUCAGAUCAUAUUCGUAAAAAAGCAUCCACUGUCAAUGAAGAAGAACAACGAUGUCUUAGCUCUAGUGGUUCAGAUGUUUCUAUCCCGGUAGUUUCACGCAAAAAGAAGUCAACAGCAAUUCAUAAAUCAUUGCUCAAUUCGGUAUCAAAUCCACAAUUUGAUUCAAAUGAAUUCAAUACCCAAAUCAAUGACCAUAAUAUGGAUCCAAUAGUAAAUUAUACAUCAGGUAGACGAAAAAACUCCGAUAUUCCGGCAGAUGAUAAUUCAGAAAACUCUGCACAUUAUCGUAACUCUCCAGACAAUAAAAAACAAGAAUCUCGUGGAAAUUCAUUACAUGGAUCAUCCGAUAACUUACGAAAAUCUUCACGAAAUCCAUCAAUAGAUAAUUUAAAUGAGGCAACUAACGAUGAACCGCCGUACCGGAAAAUAUCUAGCGAUGGACAACAACGUUUACCUAAAUUUUGCCAUGAAUGUGGUUCUAAAUAUCCAGUGAGUGUGGCGAAAUUUUGUGUUGAAUGUGGAGCAAAACGUUUGAUAUUGUGAUGUUAUUUUGUACUUUUUUAUAAGAAGCUUUCUAUCUCAUUUUAUUGAUCCAAAUAAGUUUUUAUAAAUUAAGCUUUUUUUUUUUAUAUAAAAGACCAUAAAAUGGUGCUUAUUUUAAUUUUUUUCUAUGUUAAAUGUUACUACCAUGGAUUGGACUCUUUCGAUCCGAAGUAAGAUAUGGCGGUGUGUAAGAUAUGAUGGAAGAGUACUAAAAACUUAUAAUAAAUUUGUAUCUAAUUUUGUACGAGAAAGGACCUUACUUUUUAAAGAAAAAUUGUGUAAUAAUUCGAUUAAAAUGAGCAAGGAGUUGAAUCUUGGAGCAAUUGGGAACGUUUCUUAAAAUAGCUUUUCUGCUUCUAGUCAACUACGCAUAAACCUUUCAAAGGUUCCCAGUAACCAGAUUUCAGUAUUUUUUUUAGACAAUAAUUGAUAGUUUUUUAACAAAUUAAUGGAAACGGAAUCAGAUUUCUUGCUCAUUUUGAAAUCGAAAAAUUGUGUGUGCAAUAAUUGUCUUUCUUUUGCAUUUUAUUUUGUUUUUGAAGUAUUUUUUUUUAGUUACCAUUCCAAAAAAAAAAAAAAAAAAGAACUAAGUAAAGAGAAGUGAAUGAUUAACUUUU